ACGUCAAAAUGUGAUAAAACUAGGUCACAGUGUGAGUAUGCACGAGCUGCAGAGAAAAACAAACAGAGACAAGUGAGCUAGUCAGCUGCAGAAAUACCGCGUUCUUGACAGCUAUUUCUCAUGCUGUCAGUUUCAAAUGGAUUGGAAUCUGUUGUUUUGCGUGUUGGAAAUAAAAGAACACUAGAUAAUGGCCACACGUGCUGCAACCUUCACCUCAAAGAUAAGGAACUUGAAAGAGUAUCAUUAUAAGAUAACAAAUAAUGUAGCUCCAUUACCAACUGGUGUGGACAUUGCUAAUACUUUGAAAUACUUUUCACAAACUCUGCUCAGCGUUUUAAAAGAUGUGCCCAACAUCCCAGUGGAGAGUUAUGGUCUGCGCCAAAGGGACAGUGUCAGGCUCUCCAUCUUUCCUACCCUGAAUUACUCAGGCCUCUAUCAGGCUGUGUUGAGUAUACUUGAUUUGGUUCCUAUUGUACAGAUUGGACAACUUGCUCUUGGUGAAGCAGUCCUGAAUGUUCUUGGUUGGCUGGUACCUUUCUUGGAGCAUGAUCUUCUGGACUCCCUACCUUACACAGUGGCAUCCACACUGGCCAUAUUUCCACCAACGCUGCAUAAGGACACCAUAGACUUGCUGUGCACAAGUCUACUUCCUAUGACCUUGAGUAAGGAAACAAACUCGUACACCAAAAGAAAGGGUGAUGGAGAGGAGAAAAGAGGCUCUGAUAUAAAUGAUGACCCAACCUAUGCUAGUGAGUCUGCUGCAGCUAUCAUAACAAUGGUAUUCCAGCACACUGAAAAUGGAGCCUUUCAUUCUCAGAUUCUUGAGUGCUUCAUGAGCAUGAAGAAGAAUGUAAUUAAGGAUGUUUUGAGCAUAAUAGCAUAUGGACCUCCAUCUGCCAAAUCUCCAGCUGCACAUCUGCUGUUUUAUUACUGGCCACAGCUGAAUCCUGCACUCACAGACAGAAGAGGGAUACAUUACAAAUAUUGUGCUAUGGAAUUCACAGCAUGGCCAGCCAUAUUAUGUCAAAGAAAAGGUUGCAUCAAUGAAGGAAAUUGCCAAGCUAUAAAGAUGUGCAUCAACCCAGCCCUGGCCAUACACUCAGGAGACUCCCCUCCACCACUGUACAUCUGCAGUGACUGCUCACAGGCCCUGAAGAAAGAACAUGGGGAGUACAUGGUGGACCUGCUCAUGCCUAUGCCUCAUGUUUCUUCUGUGUGUGAAAACAAGAACUGCAAGUUCUCUCACAACAUUGCUGUGUGCACAUGUUUCACUAUUGAGUGUGCUAGUUUUAACAACAACAGACCCAUAAGGUACUGUAGUUCAUGCCAUGAGCGUCGUCAUGGAAACAGUGGCUCUCCCAACCACAUCUUCCACACAAGUAUCACAGACAUCUGGAGUUGUACGCCUGAGGUUCAAAGAUACCUCAUGGAUGCCAUUGUCAGCCUGUUGAAAGAAGCGUCACCAAUAGGAACAAAAAGAAUGGUUGAGAUGGGAGAAGACCUACGCCGUCUGGCUGAUGAGGAGGAAGGCUUUGAUGUAGAGGAUGCAGGAGAGAGGAGGCUACUCAGCAGAUAUGGGAUCUGGUUGCUGGUAGAGCUUUGCAAGCCUGCUGAAGAUAUACCUAUUGAAGUUCUAGGACGUCUGUUGGGCAUGUUGUUCCAGUGGUUUGAUGCAACUGCUUAUCUUCCUGAUGAUAAUAUUGGCAAUGCUCUUGAGAGACUGAAACCAGAGUAUAUUUAUAAUUGGAUACAAGAUGUGAUGAAAACACACUUUGAGGUGAUUGUGUCGUGUCUCCUGCCUCAUCCUGUUGAAUAUUCCAGAGUUGGUGGAUUCUGGGACACACUUUGUACCAGAACAACUCAAAUAAAAGAAGGACUCAAUUGUUUUUUCUGUUUAGUACCCUAUGAUGUGAUUACAUUUGAGAUUUGGGAUUAUGUGAUGCCAUAUUGGCUUGAAGCAAUCCGUACAGAGGUGCCAGACGAUGAACUGCAUGAGCUUAAAGUCUUAUUAAGUAAAGCUUUUGACAUUGAUAUGUGUCCCCUCCCUUUCACUUUGAUAAAAAUGUACAACUUUGUGAGUGAGAGGUUUGAUGACACCAGCGCUUCUGUGAUGGAACAAGCCCUUCAGUGGCUGCAGAUUUUAAGCAGCCUGGACAUUGUGAUCCCCAUGCAUCAGACUCUGCGCAUGUUCAAGUGUGGUGUUGACAAGAUCAGCACAGAUCCAGACAGCAUUGACCUGCUGCACCAGGAUGGUGUACACGGCCACGCCAUCCUGACCCCAGGCUCACCCAUGCAUGAACAUGCAGCCCCACUCAGCCCUGAAAGAUUCCCAUUUAUCCCUGACCCCCUGGAGCUGUAUGAGAAGGAGUCUGAGCUUGUUCUGCCAUGUUUUAUCAUGAUGCUGGACCUGUGCCUCAAGCAGAUGGAUCUGCAGGAAGCUCCCCAGCAUCUUGGAAUUUACAAUGAAACAAGCAGAGAAGUCAUGGCGCUUCUAUCCUGCAUGGUGCGCAAGAAAUGGGACGGCCGUCACACCUGUGACACUGAUGUGAAGAGGGUCAACUGUGUCUUCUGCCAGAACAUUGCCCUGUGGCACCAGCUAGCUGCCCAACUGAUGGAACACGUCUGCCCACGUGACCCCUUGAAGAUCCCCAACAAGGAACUCCCAAAACUAGAUGACCUAAAGCAUCAAACCAUCACGGAGGCUCAGAAUGAAAACAUUGACCAGGAUGAUGAGAAAGAGGAUCCAGUAUUUGAUAUAUUGAGCAUGCCAAUGUACCUACAGCUUUAUGAUGCUUUACUAGAGAGUUUGGUGAAUGUGUCUGAUGUUGAUGCUCUCUAUGCUGUGCUAUCAUCAAUGAGGUACCUCAUACUACAUGGCGAAUGUCUGAACUACACCAUCAACCAGUACACAAACUUCAUCACCUUCUCAUUCCGCAAGAGAUUCAUCCCUACCCUGUGGAAACUACUGCAGACAGAACACUCCCAGCUAGCCACACUGUGUAUCCCACUGUUGCUGCACUGCAUGACCCUGCCCACUGGCUCUCAGAUUCUCUGGGCUCUUGUAGAGCAGGACUUUGGUCACGAUGACUGGCGUGCCAGGUUUGCAGCAGUUGAAAAAGUCACCAUGUUAGCCCGCUGUUUGGAGCCUGAAGUCAUCAAAAACAACCAUGUGAUUCAGACAUCUUUAGCUCAUGCCUUCUGUCACCUGAUUGGAUCUGUGGAGGACAUCAAUGCUGCUGUAGCACAGAGAGCAAUUAUGUUCUUGGAAACCAUCAGGCCAGCAGCCCUUAAGUGUCUGGUGAACUGCCUUGAGUUUCAGUUUGACUCAGUAAUAGAAGACAGGUCCCUGAUCCUGCAUAGAGUGCAGCUGCUAGAGACUGCUCUAAAAGAUGUGCAGAUACUCAGUUGGGAGUUCUUCCUGAAUAGGUUCGACACCCUCUCACUUGAGGCGCAGGUAGAUCUGGAAAGUAGUGGAGACAUCCCUUACCCCACAGAUCUUACAAGCAGUGAUCGACACAGUGAACACUUUGUACGUAAACUAAACCGUGCCAGGUUUGCUUUGGCUAGGACAGACAGUGUGAGAUCAGUUAGCCAGAGCAUGAAAGGGAAACCACCCUACAGGAGAGCAAUUUCAGUACCCCUACACCUAAUUACCAAAGGCUUAAAUCCACCAAAGUUUGAUCAGUCCUAUCAAGCUCAUUCAACCUCAAAGAACAAAGAGCAUUCUGUUAACACGAUAUUUGACAAGCAUUCAAAGAGUUUACUGUAUAAGAGGCUGCUUUUGGAGAAGGAGAAGUCUUGUGUCAGACAGUGGUCAGCUCCCCAGUUUAGCCUCCCUCGCAGGAUGCCAUCAAAGCUAAACCUUGGUAACUUCGGCUCCUCCAUGUUCCCAGGUGGUCAGCUGAGAGAGUUCACUGAUGAAGAGAGCAACUUUGCAGCUUUGUUACAAAGAGCCAUGGAUUUGGAGGGUGUUGAUAGGGACACAGUCUAUCAGCUGGUCUCUCUUCUAAUGACAUUCAUGGUCCACUGUAAUGAAAAUGAAGAGAGUGAAGAGGGGGCCCCCCACAUUGACACCAAGUCACAAAAUAUUGUCCUGAGACACCUGAACGUGCUGCUGGGCUACAAUCAGACUGAGAAGUCAUUCAGUGUCCCACCUUUUAAGCUCAGAUGUUCAGCAGUGUUCAAUGCCUUCCUGAGUGGUGUUAUGUAUGUUUUAGACCGGAACUUCAAGCUGGGAUAUGUCAUCCUUCCCAUAACCCUCUUGGUCCUGCAGUACUGCCCCUCCCCUCAGCGUUACGCCUCAGACUACCAGCCUCCUACAUACACACUGUGGUACCUAGAGCCACAUACCAGAGUCUCUUGGCUCAAGUCUUUACUGGUUAUUUUAUACAAGUAUCAGAUUAGCACAUCCCCACGGUCGGCAAUCAUCCAGACCCUUGUCCAGCUGGUCAUCAACACUAUUGAUGCACAACAUCACCGGUGCAGGAAAACAGAAGAUGGCUUCCAGCCUCCAACACCAACUGUACAAAGAAAUUUCAGUAAAAUCUCUGUCAGUGACCUUGAAAACAUUCAGGAGACAGAUACACCCCCACAGUCCCCCUCUAGCCAAAAACAAGACAAUGGAGACAUGAGUUCUGUUGAGGUCAGGUCACAUCCCACUGGAAGUGUUGUCCAUUAUUUCAAGCAAGGACACACAGAUGGUGCAGACAGCAGUGAAGGGAUUGUGUCAGACUCUGAAGGCACUCCCUCUACCACUGUGAUAGCCAGGAAAGAGGGAUCAAGAAAAAUGAAGGGGAGACAACCCAGAAGACUGAUAGAGUACUCUGAGCCUGAUUCAGCUGAUGAUGAUUCAAAGGAUAAUACUGAGAGAAGUGAUGCACCACUGUUGUCACAGAAGAACAAAGCACCUGUGUCAGUUGACAAAAAAAUGGCGCAACAGUUGCGGGAGUUCACAGUGUCAUCCUCCAGUCAGCCAAUGGCAGGCCCUCCCACAAGCCAGGUGAACAUGGCAGGACCCUCACACAGUGUAGCCACCAGCAGUAGUGCUACCACGGAGGGAUCAAGAGAACAUGGGACAACAUCUGACCACAGUCGUGAAGGAGCCUCUGAUGAUACAUCAGAUGACAGUGACAAGACACAGACCAGUGAAGGAGAUUCUGCUGGAGAUGUUGCCUCUGAGGAGCACAAAGACACACUAGCAGAUAAAAGGGUGAGCCCUGUGCUGAAACCAAACUUCAGACAGAGAAGACCUCGCAAGACAGGGCUGACAACUAUUGACUUCCAAAAAAAGUUUCCAGAGCUGAGAGAGGAGAAACAUCCAACAGAGGAAACCUGUCCAGUGUCACGCCCUGCAGGGCGUAAAUCCCGCAAGGCAGAACUACUGGCCAAACAGCAGACAACAAAGAAAGCUACAGCAACCAGACAUGGUGAGAACGUGAUGGUGGAGCGAUGCAGUGAGUGCAACGCUGUGCUGGAGCAGUACGAUGAUGACACCAUUGGCCUGUGUAUUACCAAUCUGGCAACAUUUGUGCAUCGUGAGCCUGGCCUGGCCACCCCCAAACUCUUGGAUAUGCUGCAGUGUGCUGCCAGGAUUGCAUCUGGCAGCCAUUAUUCCUGGCAAGCUGAAAGUAAUGUCAUCAUACCUGGCAACUGUGUCAGCAUAGCCAGACAGUUUAUCCGCUGUGUUCUACAUCAGCUUGCACCCAAUGGGAUCUUCCCCAUGCUUUUUCAAAGUAACAUGGAAGACCCCCACUUCUGGAAAACCAUGGCAGCUGCCCUUUUAGACUUCAGUGAUCUCCCUUCUCAUGCCCCUCUUCAGUAUUUGCUUGAAGGUUUGAAUGAACGCAAGAACUUGCCCCAAGACACCAUCAUGUUGCUGAUGAAUAACAUCUCCACAUACCUGAACUGUGUGUCCCUUGAAGGCCCUCUGCCCAUGUGGACGGCCAUCCUGACUCACUUUGACACUUUCCUCCGCCGUCUGCCAACUGUGCUGCCCAACCCUUGUGAUAUGGCACCCAUUAUGAAAAUCAUAACAACACUUCUUAAAGUUUACAUCAUUGGAAAUGUCAGGAGUAUACUGGAGCCAUUUUCUAAAAUUCUAAGCUUUGCUAUACAGAACUGUACCUUCAAACUUCAGCAGCUGUUGGACAUUUGUUCUUUGUGUAACAGAGCUUUGACAAGGGAGAGAGACAAGAUGUUCCUGACACGUACAGUCAUCUAUGAACUGGUUCAAGCUCUCAAGUUUAAGUCCAGCAUACCAGAUGAGAACCUUCUUCUACUUGUGCAAUUUGUAGUGCUGGAUGCAGGAGGGACCCUGUCCUUGUACAAUGCCACAGCUACAGAAACAAACACACUCUAUAGUUCCCAGUCCCCGUCUAUGGUGACAACCUGCGCUGCUGAGGCAAUGAGACAACAUCUCAAUGACUGCCUAGAGUUUAUUGCAGACUUGCACACAAUCACCAAAAUUAAGACGAACAUGAAAGUAGCUGGGGCCAGCCUGAAUGAAGACACACUGGGCAGUCAGCUCAAGUCUGGCAUCUCUCAGUACCUUUCCCUGGAGAUCACCAGAGGCAAUGGCAGAGACAACCGGUCAAUCACCAGAUACCUGCCGUGGCUCUAUCACCCACCCUCCGCCAUGCAGCAAGGUCCAAAAGAAUUCAUAGACUGCAUUGGACACAUUCGACUUAUGUCCUGGCUUCUGAUUGGUUCCCUGACUCACACAGCAGUCACAGAGGGAGCAGCACCCAUCUCAUGUCUGCCCAUCCCACUGGAGGCCAGUUGUCACAUCUCUGACCACAUCAUGGUCAUUAUGACUGGCUUUGCUGAACAGUCCAGUGCGUCUGUCUUACACAUGUCCUCACUGUUCCAUGCAUUUAUUCUUUGUCAGCUGUGGACCAUGUACAGUGAAUCAGCUGCUGCCCUCCACUCACCUGGCAGUGAACAACACCAAGUGGCCUCGGCCAUGAUAAUGGACUUCUGGGCCAGAGUUACCCCUGGGAUCUUACAGCUGUUGUCUCAUUCUAAAGUGGAUAAGCCAGCCUUAGAGCUUGCAGAAAUGGUGAACCUGCACUUUCUUGGUUUGAUGGAAGCCCUCCAGGAGUGCAAUUCUUCGGUGCUAGCCAAGUUAUUUCCCAUGUGGACCUCCAUACUGUUUGCCUAUCAUGCUCAGCUGCCAGGCCACCUCCAGGUGAGGCUACAGAACUGCCAGAACUGGGAACCCCCCCACCCCACCAAAGACCAGACAUCUUUCAACUCAUCCAUUCUUCUCUCCUGGCUGAAAAGAAUUCAGUUCAAGUUGGGCCAGAUUGAGGUGCAGUCUUCUGCUGCCACACAAAUUUAUGUUGUCUGAAACUUAUUUCAACAUGGAGAAAUUGUUCUCAAAUCUGUCAAUGAUUAUGAAUCUUCUGCCACAAAUUUAUGUUGUCUUAAACUAUUUCAACACGGAGAAAUCAUUCUCAAAUCUGUCAGUGAUUAUGAAUCUUCUGCCACAAAUUUAUGUUGUCUGAAACUAUUUCAACAUGCAGAAAUCGUUCUAAAAUUUGUAUUUGAUAAUGAAUCUCACUUACGGGUUUAGCUUAUAUUGUCUAUACAUUCAGCAAACUCAUUUUUGUUAAAAGUCUCUGAUGUAUUAGAGGGUUGUUAGUGUCAUAUAGUGAUACAUUUGUAAAGUGCUUAUUUCCCCAUGGCCAAAGAUCUGAGUAUGUACCCUUGGAUAAGCCGAGUAUGUAAAAAAUACAUGAUAUUAUUCUAGAAUAAUUCUAGAAUAAUUAGAAACAAUUAUUCAAAGAUAGUUGAUGACACACUGUUGUAUAAAUAAAACAGGUUUAUUAUCUUCCAAAAACAAAUAGUUGAUGAAGCACCAAACAUUAAUGAAGCAUGUUGGUAAAGAGUUUAACUACAUCAGAUCAACUUGUGAUCAAUGCCUGGCAAUGUGUUCUUCUAGUCUUGUUAGUGAAUGGCCAAAUCUGCUUCUAUUGUUAUUGCCGAUGUCCAAUUUAGCUACUCUUGCCAGUUCUAUUGUUUUGUAAUAGUAUAAAAAGAUGCCAAAAAUCAAAUUCAUAUUUAAACUGUAUAAAUUGAUACUUUAGUUUGGUAUUGUUAUGGUGAAUUCAUGUUUUAUACACUAUUACCCUGUGAUUUAGUGUUAAUAUUUUAGUGUUCACGUGUCAGUCAUUUCUGUGUGAUAUUCAACAUGUAUUCAUCCUUCACUAAUUUUAUUUACAAAAUUAUGUGAAGGUUUUAGUGUUGUUUAAAAUAAAUAUACAUAUUAUUUAUAAUGAAUCAUGCUACUUUCAUUUUGUAAUUUAUAAACUAUUACAUAUAAGUUUACAAAGUUUACACUUGUGCAAUGAUAUUUAAUAUUUCUGGUUGUAUUUCUAGUCAUGUAUAAGUCUCUCUGUUUGUGUUGUAAGAGUUUAAAGUAAAAUAAUAGUCUUCCACUAUUAGCCAAUAUGGUUUGGUAAAAAUAUUUGUUUAGAUUACACGUGGUUUCGAGAUGGCCAUAUUGGUUUAGAUAUUUAUUUACUUUUCUUUCAAAGGAUUGAAACUGUUAGUUUUCAGAUUGCUUCCCUUGGCUGUUGUAUAUAUUGUCAGGGGACAGUAGAAUGCUGUUGUUUUUUUUUUAAAUCAGUGCUAAUAAGCUUUAUAAGUAAAGCAAUGUAUACAAAUCCAUAUGUGUUUAAUUAAGCACUAGAAGUAGGCCUACAGUAUUUUUGUACUUGUAGAUGUCUUAACAGUGCAGUAUUGUUUACUGUUAGAAGAGGAAUACAGAUGUUGUCAAUUAAAGUGA